CCGAUAACCAACCCCAAUAUACCUUUGAUCUUCUUAUUUACCUCGACUCCGCAACAACAACUUAAAUACACCAACCUCAUCCUGUGUCCCACUUAAUUAAUUUCUCUUCACACAUAGUUUUGGCAGAAUGGAUGUCUCCAAUAACCGUCUCUUCCGGUGGUCCAAACCCGAAUGGCUCAACAACUCGGCCGUCCGUAACGCAGGCGUCUACACCUCCGGCGCACUGUUCUCCCUGGGCUUCUUCUUUCUCAUCGACGCGGCAGCUUUCUCACACAGCAUCAAGAAUGGAUCCAACGUGCACGUGAAAUUCGUCGACUGGAUCCCCGGCAUCUGCUCGGCGCUGGGGAUGCUGGUGAUUAACUCGAUUGAGAAGUCGCGGCUGCAUGCGGAUAGCUUCAGUUAUAGUGGAAGUGGGGUCGCGUGGAAGGCCCGGUUUGUCUUGUUUCUGGGAUUCGCGUUGCUGGCUGGGGGGUUGGCGGGCAGUGUGACGGUCAUGGUUCUCAAAUAUCUGAUCAAGUCAUAUCCAUUUCCGACGCUGUACUUUGGUAUUGCAAAUGUGGUCGCUAAUGGGUUGGUGAUGUUGAGCUCGGUGGUCCUAUGGGUCUCACAGAACAUUGAGGAUGAUUAUACUUAUAAUUUGGCUUUGUGAUUCGGAUGCAAUGGCCGGGAAAGGAAUCCGUAGAUUGGGUCUGAGCGGAGGGUAUGAUGGGUUCAUUACUGGACUACUGCCGAACAGGGUUAUGAUUGCAAGGUUUGGCAUUUGACGUCAAGUGCUUCUUCUGUAUGUUAUCGGUGUUGCUGCUUGAUUUUCUCUAUAAUUGCAUUUGUGGGUUAGUUCCUGGUUGCGUGUCUGGUUGGUUUAGCCUAUUAUUGAUUUGCUGCAUGUUUCUCAUUGAUGUUUCAUAUAUUCAAUAUAGUUACUGGCUGCAUUGGCUGGCAU